AUGCGGUUUACCGGUUCUAAUCUACAGCACUGCUGGAAUGCCAUACGGAUCGACGGCACUUGGCCCCUCGUUGACUGCCAGUGGGGGGCCCGUUCUGAUGCUGCGACAGGAGCCGACAAGGGGAAAGUAACCUAUGAAUUGGAGACCUUCUGGUUCCUCACCGACCCGGGUCAGUUUAUUAAUUCGCAGUUUCCGCACGAUGCCGACUGGCAACUGCUGCACAAUCCAAUCACUCUGGAGGUGAGUACUUGGCCUUCCCUCUGCUCCUCUUGA